CAAAAUUAAUAAUGUGAGGGUAUUAAUAUCCCAAAUAACUUACCAUUCUUCCAUUCCAUUCAACCGCAUGUAAAUUUAGCAUCAAACAUUCCCCAUCCCCUUCACUUUUAUAUUCAUUCAUCCUUCUGCAACAAUCACACGUUUCUCUCCUCACUUGAUUUACGGAAUAACAGAAAAUGGGGCGCGGUGUAAGUUGUGGCGGAGGACAGAGUUCUUUAGGUUACUUGUUCGGGAGUGGUGAAGAGGGUGCGGGCAAUACUCAACCGCCACCACAGAACCCUGGUGAAGAGGCUGCUGCAACCACUGAGCCAACUCCGGACGCUUCAGAGGCGUCUGAUGUUAACACCGCCACUGGAACCGAUGAAUCUUCUCAAAAACCGGCUGAAUCUUAUACUAUCAUCAACCAAAAUCCUAAUCCUUCUACUCAUGACGCAACAACCAACAAUUACCACAGGGCAGAUGGACAGAAUUGUGGCAAUUUUAUCACUGACCGACCUUCAACUAAGGUCCAUGCCGCUCCAGGUGGCAAUUCUUCCCUGGGUUACCUCUUUGGUGACGACAAGAAAUGAAUGAUGGAGUUGCUUGUGCACGUGUGAGGUACAGCUGCUACUUGUGCCUCAACAUCAUCUAGUUUCAUUAUCAUAUGCUAAUUAAUUUCGAAUUCCAGCUUAUAUGCUGUCAUUAUAGUAAUGUAUCCUUGAUGCACCAUCUGAAAAAGAGUCAUUUGGUAUUUUCUAUGUUAUAUAAUAAUGUUUGGUUUAAUAUAUUUGCUUAAUUAGUGCUUAA